UUAAAAUGUUUCGUUAUUUGCCCUAGUCACAAAUGUAGUAGCACCAUUAGUUAGUUAGAUAAUAUAUAUUAUUUUGUUUGUUUGUAUUACAUUAAAAAUGUUCGUUCAGUGUUUAUUGUUUUUGUCCAUUUUCGGAUCGCUUAAUGCUGAUUAUUAUCGUAUGUCGCUACGGCCGAAGCCCUGCCUCAUACCCAACCUCGAGCACGGCAGGGUGCGCGUGCGACGGUCCACGGUGAUCAAAUUCAUGUGCCUGCAGAGGUACGAGCUGGUGGGGAACCGGUACGCCUCGUGCAAGGACGGCCAGUGGGACACCCCUCCCCCCGUUUGUGUCCGUGCCGGGUGUACCGUACCACAGAUAGAGAACGGGAUUGUAGCCGCUAGUAGAAACAACGCUUGGGUGAUGUAUUUUUGCUUGCCAGGCUUCAAGUUGGUCGGCUCCUCUGCGAUCUACUGCGACGGGAGGCGGUGGAACUCAACCGCUCCCACGUGCCUAAAUUCUACUAUCCAGAACUCUUUGAGCUGUGAUUUCGAGGACAGUCUCUGCGGAUGGACACAGGACGACCUUCAUGAUUUCGAUUGGAAGAGACUGAAUCAUAAAACGCCAAGUUCUUUUUUGAGUACUGGCCCCUCGUUUGACCAUACAUUAGGACCUAGGGCAUCUGGUUAUUACAUGUAUAUCGAGAGCACUUCUCGCUUAGAAAAUGACACAGCUCGGUUCGUGUCGCCAGUUUACGACGAAACUCUGGCCGACAAUGGCUGCUUCUCCUUCUUUUACCAUAUGUAUGGCAGGACGUGCGGCGGCCUCAGAGUCUACCAAAAGCCGGACAAUCUACCCCUUGAGGCAUUAGUGCAGUUCGACGCCGAAACCAAGAAGGAGUACAUACUGUUUGAGAAGUGGGGAAACCUGGGUGACGUGUGGUACAGUUCUGUGUCAACACUAAGGCAGUUCGAUGAUAACUUUCAGAUCAUCAUAGAAGGCAUAAGAGGCUCGAGCUACACCAGUGAUAUCGCUAUCGACGACGUCUCGAUUCUUCAAGGGGGUAACUGCACUGCGGCCAUAAACGCCGCCUCCACUCCGUCCCCCAACCCGUUUAUGUUGGACACGUGCGUUAACCGUUGCCGCACACUGGACACCGCGGACGCGACACCUGGCUGCGGUUGCACGAGCUCGUGUCUGGUGCACGGGAACUGCUGCCCUGACUUCUUCGACGUCUGUGUCUUCGUAUCAGACUCCACAAUACCCGAAGACAUGCUGCCAGCGAACAGUUCCGAGGAUUCUGUUGCACCUGUCACACAAAAACUAGUCGCCAAUACACCUGAAACUACUUCUACCUCAACCAGUACAUCUACUACUACAACUUCCACGACGACGACUACAACCCCGCGUCCAACAACAACGUCAACGACAACGACAACCACUACUACAACAACACAGCGGCCAACAACAACAACGACUACUACAACAACACAGCGGCCAACAACAUCCACUACGACAACGCAACGGCCAACAACAACCACAACGACGCAAAUACCAACGACAACGUCAACUACAACAACGCAACGACCAACAACCACGGAGAGUACGUCAAAGACUACUAAAUCAGCAACCACAGCAAAAAUUAUUACUAGCACACCAACAACAAAAGCACCCGCUGAGAAUACAAAAACGCAAUCAAGCACAACUACCAGAAAAUCUAUGGCAAUCACAAAAAAAUCAACAACUGGCGUGCCGUAUGGAAUUUCAAGAACAUUAGAAAACCACAAUGUUUAUCAUGAACUCGUUGAUAAGAAGAGAAAAGAACACACCGUCGAAACUAGGAAGCUCGUUCACGCACUUGUCAAAGAUGCUGAACAACAGAGCUCCCACGGUUGGAAGAUAGCUCUAAUUGUACUAGGAGUGGUGCUGUGUGUGGGCUUGUUGCUGGCGGUGCGCAUGCGCGGCAGCGCGCGCGCAUGCGUGGAACUUGCGGGCCUGCGUGCGCGCGUCACCAAUGACCCUGAAGUACGCUAUCUGUCUGCGGACAAUGACGAGUUCUAAAUAAACUGUGAUGCAAUGUCAA